UUAACACUCUCUUUCAGUUUUCAAACAUUUCCAAUGGCUGCCGUUGCUGAAAACCCUACAUUCGCCGAGCCAGCGCCCACCAAGAAGGGGAGAUCAAAGAAGGCGUUGAAGCCUAAAGCUGUCUCGUCAAAUGAGGCCAACAUCGCCGCCGGUGCGGUUCCGGACCCCUCUCCCGUUGCCUCUCCGCCGCCGGAAAACUCCGCCGGAAAGGAGAACCACGGGAGUUUGUCGCAGAAGAAAAAGAAGAGAGGCGCUGCGAAGGGGAAGCAACAGGCCUCUGAUGCGUCUUCUUUCGAGAAGCAGCUCCAGGAAAUGCAGGAGCAGCUCGAGAAAUUGAAGAUCGAGAAGGAGCAGACCGAGGAAAUGUUGAAGGAAAAAGAGGAACAACUCGAGACUCGAGAUCGCGAGCAGGAGAAACUCAAAACCGAACUCAAGAAAUUGCAGAAGAUCAAGGAGUUCAAGCCUACUGUGACAUUCCCGCUAGGGAUCGGAAUCAAAGACGUAGAGCAAGAUAAGAAGGAGAAGAAGAAGGGUGGGAAGAAGAAGCCAUCUCCUCCUUAUGUGCUGUGGUGUAAAGACCAGUGGAACGAGGUGAAGGAAGCUAAUCCAAAUGCUGAUUUCAAGGCCAUGUCGAAUCUGUUGGGUGCAAAAUGGAAAUCCGUCACUGCGGAAGAGAAGAAGCCUUAUGAAGAGAGGUACCAAGCUGAGAAGGAAGCCUAUUUGAAGGUUGCAGGAAACGAGAAGCGUGAGCUUGAGGCAAUGAAGCUUCUUGAAGACGAGCAGAAGCACAAGACUGCGAUAGAGUUGCUCGAACAGUACCUUCUGUUCAAGCAGGAGGCAGAGAAAGAGAACAACAAGAAAACAAAGAAGGAGAAGGACCCUUUGAAGCCGAAGCAUCCGAUGUCGGCCUAUUUCAUCUUCUCCAAUGAGCGUAGAGCUGCUCUGCUUGCAGAAAACAAGAAUGUGUUGGAGGUUGCGAAGAUCACAGGUGAGGAGUGGAAGAACAUGACUGACAUACAAAAGGCCCCCUAUGAAGAGAUAGCAUUGAAAAGGAAGGAACAAUAUGGGCAAGAGAUGGAAGCAUACAAGCAGAAGAAGGAAGAAGAAGCUGCUAACCUCAAGAAAGAUGGGGAAGAGUUCAUGAAACUGCAGAAGCAAGAAGCUAUGCAACUGCUAAAAAAGAAAGAGAAAACUGAAACUCUAAUCAAGAAAGAAAAAGAGAGUAGGCAGAAGAAGAAGAAUGAAGAGAAGAUCGUUGAUCCGAACAAACCAAAGAGACCUGCCUCGUCUUUCCUUCUCUUCAGCAAGGAGACGAGGAAAUGUUUAGUGGAAGAGCGUCCCGGGAUCAACCACUCCACGAUCACUGCACUCAUUUCGCUCAAGUGGAAGGAAAUAAGUGAGGAAGAGAAGCUGGUUUGGAAUGAGAAAGCUGCGCAAGCAAUGGAGGCUUACAAGAAAGAAUUGGAAGCAUACAACAACAAAUUGGCAGCAGAAAACAAGGAUGUAAACAAGGAUAAUUAGGAAGGCACUGAGAAUUAGGGAUGCUGUUCAACUUGGUUCAUGUUGAACAUGUAGACAGACUUUGAUGCUUUUGUGUUCCUUAGGAAUUCUGACGUUGUUUUGGAUAUUGUAUUGCAAAUGGUGAUAUCUCACUUAUUUGUUUGCUUCAA